AUGACCAACGUCCACAGGAUGGAGGAGACUACCUCCCUCCUCUUACUUCUGAGGGUCGGAAAUGUUACAAGGUCAAAGGUGAUAUUCUUGGUUUCAAUUACGCUCUUUGCUUCCAAGUUCUUCUAUAAACACUUUUUUUUUUUUUUGUAUCAUAUUACAUAUUUUUAUCUUUUAAUAUUUUUUCUCUCUUUUUCUUUCUCUUUGAUUUCUUAUUAUUUUCUUUUUCUUCAUGUUUUUUUCCUUCUUUUUCUUCAUGUUUUUUCCUUCUUUUUCUUCAUGUUUUUUCCUUCUUUUUCUUCAUGUUUUUCCUUCUUUUUCUUCAUGUUUUUUCCUUCUUUCUCUUCAUAUUUUUUCCUUCUUUCUCUUCAUAUUUUUUCCUUCUUUCUCUUCAUAUUUUUUCCUUCUUUCUCUUCAUAUUUUUUCCUUCUUUUUCUUCAUGUUUUUUUCCUUUUUUUCUUCAUGUUUUUUUCCUUUUUCAUCAUGUUUUCCUUUUUUUUUCCUUUUUUCUUUUGCCUUUUUUCUUUUUUCUUUUCUUUUUCUCUCUGUUUUUACUUAUUUUUCAUUCAUUUUCUCUUUUUCUCUUUUCUUCCUUUCUUUUUUUUCUCUCUCUCUCUACUUAUUUUUCUUUCUUUAAUUUCUUUUAUCUUUUUCAUUCAUUUUCUCUUUUCUUUCUUUUCUUUUUCUUAUCCCUCUUUUUUUCUCUUGCCUUUUUUCUUCUUCCUUUCUUUUCUCUCUCUCUCUCAAUUUACUUUUCUUUCUUUAAUAUUUUUUAUCUUUUUCUUUCAUUUUCUCUUUCUUUUCUCUUCCCUACUUUUCUCUUUCCUUCUUUUUCUCGUCUUUUUUCUUUUUCUACCUUCCAUUUCUCUUUCUCUCUCUCUCUCUCUCUUGUUUCUUUUUCCCAUUCUUUUUGAUUAUCUUUUUUUACUUUGUCCUCUUUCUUUUCUCUGUUUGUUUCUUUUCCCCUUUCUUUCAAACUAUUUCUCUUACCUCUUCUUCUUUCCUUUUCCUCUCUUUUCUCCUAAGGAUUAUAGGUUCCUUUUCAGUAGCUUGGAAUGA